AUGAGCCAGCAGAGCUUACCCGCAGCCGACGUCCCGGAAAUGGAUGACGCCAUGUCCGUGGACGCCCCGCUCACGCAGCAUGCCAGCCCGGCCAGAGCCCCGACUGCCACGAGCAGCAGAGGCAGAGGUCGCGGCCGUUGGACUCGCGCCAGGAGCGCCAAGGUCACUAAGCCAGCCCAGCAGAGAGGCGCCCCCGCUGGCCGUGGACGCCGCCAGAAAGUCUACGACUCGCUCAAGGUCCAGGCCGCCCACGAACGGGCCCAGGAGCUCAAGCAGGCCUUCGCAGCCGUUGGGAAGUUGGUCAAGCCGGCCAUCCAGGAGAUUGCCGACCGCUCGAUCAACGAGCUGCUCGAGGACCCGGACGCGCACAAGAAGGUGCCGCAGUACGACGCCAUCCAAGACUUCCUCCGCCAGCGCCACGAGGACACCAUCCGCCAGUGUGAUGAGAGUCUGCGGGAAGGCAUGGAUAUGGCAAAACAUGUCUACGAGGCCGAGUGUGAGAAGGUGCACGAGACGUUCAAGAUCCAGCUUGGCGAGUUGUGCGAGGAUAGAUACGGCCAGCUCCUCCAACAGCUCGACAUACUCGAAUUUCUCUAUGAUAACGGGCUGCCCGUCGAUCUCUCUGCGCUUCCCGACAAUCGGUAUAUCCUCAAGAGCAUCACCGAGGACGAGGCCAGAUGGCAAGGUGUCUUUUACCAGACACAGGACGGUGUCGAGGUCCCCCACUCGGGCAAGCCCAUCUCCGAGUUGAUGACCAAGCCGCAGAUGCCUCCGCUGGACGCGACCAAGCGGACAGCGGAUGGACAGCCCGAGAGCCAGCCAGGCCCCAAUGCAGCACACACGGCUGGCCUGCUCGGCGCCGCCGAGGCCAUCGAGGAGAGCGCAGCAACGACGCCAGAUUCGGGCUCCAACGCGGCGACCCCGCCGGCGGCGGCGGCCGAGCCGGUCGAGGAACCUGCGCCAAAGCCGGCCAACCAGCGCCUCUCCAGCGGACUAGGAACGCCUGUGGACGCUUCCGACCUCCCAAUUCCCCGAGGCGCGACAGACCCGGACGAGUACGGUGUUCGUCUCAUCUCGAGACGACCCACUCGCCUAGAUGUUCCGAACAACCGCAUCAUGGUGCCCAACCACUUCAAGUGGAUGGACUACGACAUUGGCUUCCGCGACUCGACCAAUUGCGCCCAGAAGGGUGCCACCAAGCAGAGGCGGGGCAAAUACCUGGGCAGGCCCGAGUCCAACUACCUGUUCCUCGACCGCAGGGUCGGCAUCUGGGAUUCGACCCUGGCCGAGGGGGAGCUGGACGACGAGUUGGUGGAGCACUUCCAGCUCCAUCCCACCCUCGGUAUUCCCAUCGUGGGGUCUAAAAACAAGUGGGCGGAGCCCGGCCCUAUCGUUAGCGGCUGGAAGCCCGUCGUCUUUGUGGCCCCGAGCGGGGAGCGCAUCCAUGCGUCACGGACCAUCGCGGCCGCGCGCGUGGAUGAUGACACGGCCGAGGUCGAGAUGAAGAUGAGGUUCGCCGAGUCGACGCGCCGGUUCUGCGAGCAAGAGGGCUUCUCCCAAGAAGAGGUCACCCCCGACCAGGAUGAGGUGGCCAGGAGGCGGAGCGAGAUGUUCACCGCGAUGUUGACAGCGCGGGGCAUGGACCCCGCCCAGGUUGCCCGGCAGAACCCGGCACCGGUGGCACCAGCGGCACCCGAGCCUGUCGCCGAAGACACGACGGCGUUUGCGCAGUUCGCGGAGGAGGCACUUGGUGCAGCCGCCAGUAUCGAGGCGGAAGAAGAGGCCGCACGCACGGCUCCAGCCAAACGCACCAGGACGUCCCGUCCCUACGAUGCCAUCCGGGACGUGUUCACCGAGGAACCGGGCGCACAGCAGCCCUCGCCGCCUGCUACUGCUAUCCCAGAGGCUCCUGCUCCCUCGGCCGUCGACACGUCCGCCCUCUCGUGCCUUGCUGAUGUCGUGUUGGAAUCGCAGCCCACUGCUCCCGAGCCGGUGCAUUACAGUCAAGCGCCGCCGAAUGCGGGAAUGAGGCCCGCUGAGUACGAGCAGCCGCAGCCCGAGUACCGCCGACCGGUCGAAUAUCAGAUGGCCGAACCUUCCCGCUUCGCUCGCCAGGAUAUGGCUCCAGCGGCGGCCGAGCCGGCUCGAACCUUUAACGACUUCCUCCGGACGGCCCUGAACACCCCUCCUCCGGUCAUGACGCCGGUUCAGCAAUACUCGACUAUCCAGGCUGCGCCUGUGUCUGCUCCUCCGCCCGCGCCCAUGUCCGUUCAGGCACCCCAAGCCCCGACUGGCCGCACACCAUUCUCGAACACGGGCACGACGAAGGCCCUCCCAGCCUUGCGGCCUAUGAGGAACUCACUCAACGAGCCUGCCGCUGUCCCCGAUUCUCAGGGCAAUCAGACCCUGCAUCAGACCAACAUGGUGGCCUCGAAUAGUGGCGCAUACUUUCCUCCCGCGGCGAACCGUCCCUAUCACAACGGAUACUCCUUUCAAGAACCGGUGUACUCUACACAGCACAUCAUGUCGCAGCAACCGCUGGGCAAUCCUCUCCAAGCGCCUCCUCUCGCAGGCCCGCCCAUGGGAUCGGCACCUGCUCGGCAAAUGAGUCCCUAUUCGGUCUCGCCUCCCCCUUACCACCAGCCCGUUGCUCCGCCGCCGCUUGGUCCAGCCGGCCCGCAAGCCCCUAUGCACCUACAAGGAGCUCCGCAGGGCCCUACCUCAGCGUCCGUACAAAACACUCGUUCUCGCCGGGGAAGUUCCUCGGCCUCGUCAGCGCCUAACCCGCCGGCGCCGGGAUCAUCGUCCAAAUACCGCAAGCUCGAGCCAGCGCCGACACCACCCCAUCGCCUUUCAUAUUCGGGCAACGGCCAGGAACUGCGCACCGUGCCGUUCGACUACCGCGAGGCGAUCAAGGACUAUAGCGCCGUCGAGGCGCCGCCGCGGACCGGCCCCACCCAAAUACGAGGGUGGACGCAUAAUAAUAUCAAGAAGCCCGUCGUCACCGCCCGGCCGCCCUCUUCUUCCUCCCGGGGUGAUGUUGUUGCCGGCGCCAGUGCUAACUUUGAUGAGCCUUCUGCCUAG